AUGGCACGCGAGGACAAAAGGGCAUUCGAUGAAAAUGGAAACGGUGAGGCGCGGGCCCCACCGCCAAGGAGGCAACCGAGCACAUGCCGCCUUCGUUUCCUCCCCAAGCCGCAAAGCCCAGUUCGCGGGGCACGCACGCUCUCCUCCCACUCAUUGUCGCCGCUCACCAGGCGCGCCCUCUCCCGGGACGCAGCCCCGCGGGAGCACGGCGCCGUCCGCCCGCGCGCGCCACCUCCCCGGCAUUGCGAGGGAACCGCCCAGGAGCACGCACGCCGCGGCCCCGUCUCGGUCCGCCCCGCCCCCUUGGUCCCUGCUUCAGCGCCGGUUGGACCCCGCGAGCAAGCCGCGAGUGCCAGGCAAACUCCUGACACUGUGAUAGACCCUAGUUUCUGUGGGCUUGUGACUGAAUCUGACAGAAGGUGCAUCCUGCACAGGCAGAGGGCGGGCACGUUUGUGGCAUUUGAAGGCACUGACACUGGCAGGAGAUUCAUAGGAUGUGCUACUGAGGAUGGUGUGAACUGUGGUGUUCUGGAGUGGGUAGAUGCCCCCUGGCCUGUAAUUCUGCAAAGGCGCUUAAGCAAGCUCUGGGAUAUGUAUCAUGAGCAGAACCUUGGUAGAGCCCAGGAUAAUGAGGCUCAUGGGAUAGAGGUUGCAAAACUGCAGAAGGAGCUUGAUUCUCUGGCCAAUCAGUAUAGCCAGCUGGUGGAUGAUGUGUCCAAGUUGUUUGAUUAUCAGGAUGGAAUCAAAUCUCAUGACAUGGAUUGCACAAGCCAGGCAAUCAAUGAACUGGAGGAGAAGAAGAAGCAACUUGAGGAGCAGGCAAAGAUUGAGCUUCAAAUGGAGAAGCUUAAGCUCAAGAAAGAACAAAGGUGCAUCCUUCAGAGUCAAGCUGAUAUAAUCCAAAACACAAGGAAGGCCAUGAAGGAGCUAGAGGUGGAGAAAGAUCUCCUUAAAGAAGAGAAGAAGAAGCUGGAGAAUGUCAUUGCUGAGCUCCUUAAGGUUGGUCAUGGGUGCAAGGAAAAGCUGGACAAGAUAAAGGAAGUUGUGAUGGAGGAGUGAAGUGGCAACUCUCUGGAUGGAGUUCAGGGUGUACUUCUGAGUGGAGCGUGUUACUUCUGAUUGAGUUGAGUUUCGUCCGCUGUAUUACUGCUGUAACUUCACAGCAGCAAAGAAACAGCGUCAUGGUUGAGAAGGGAUAUGUACUGAGUAAUGACUAUGCUUCAGUUCUUGGUCAUAUGUAUUCUGCUUAGAAGGCUAUCACUCGCAAGCUUCCUUUGAUCUCAUUACUUAGAAUCACCACCUCCUCUUCUGUAUCCCGACGCAGGGUUGACCGUGGGUGUCUAAUACAAGAUGGCUGCUCCGCCAAAUGCAUUUUCGAGCGAGUUACAGAAGUGGAUCUACAACCGUUCUGUAGGCUCUAUAUUUUUCAUCACUAUCGGACCAAAAGCAUCUGCAAUUAAUGCACUUAUAGCUCUUAUGAACAAAGUAGAGACUGUUCCUGCAGAAAAAAGAGCUGCGGAGUUAGACCUCCGAGGACAAAAUUGCACAGGCGUUGUAGUGGAGGAGGCAGAUGAUCAUCUUAAGAUCUUAACAUGUGCCCAUCUUAUGCAACACGUAUUCAAGAGUUCAGAACCCCUUUCGCUUAAAGAUGCUUGUUCGCUUUUUUCUGUAAGAGUGUUGUGUGAUCAUUACGAGCAGAGCUUCCGCGGGCAAAGCAGGAUAAGAGCAAGAGUUUAUGCACCAGCUUCCAUGAUUGGCAUCGAUUGCGAGAAAGACCUGCUUCUUCUUCAUGUAUACCGACCAGAUAUUAAGAAUUUGGGCAGAAGAUGUACCAACAGUCAUCAGGGCUUGAUUCUUAGUCCAACUCCUCCAGAAGCUUUCGACAAGUGCGCAAUGAUUUCAUGGCCUCCUGGCCUACCUCGAACAGCUGUUGAAGGAUCAAUUUCUCACCCUUCAAGAACAGUCCGUGACUUGGAACUUGUGAACACUGUUGGAUACACAAUGAACCUCACUCAAGUAGUAAUAGCAAGUGAAAAAGGAAGCUCAGGUGCUCCGUUGUUAGAUGGUAAUGGGAGAAUAAUUGGAUUGUUGCAUGGCGGUUUUGGAGGGCAGUUUACAUACUUUAUCUCCCAUGCUGAUAUCGGAUGUUUUCUGAGGCGACAUCACGUGGUACAUGGGAUAUGAGGUGUUAUUUGAUCAUCCUACAGCCCUUGUUCCCACCCGAUCUCUUGUUGUUAUCCCAUCCACAAUUGCUGCUCGAACUGCUGUUAAACAACAGAGUCAGGUUCAUUAGUGCUGCUCUGUUACCGUUUAUGUGACAGCAAUGUCGAUUCAACUGCUGCGUUACGAAGUGCUGAUUACAAAUGGAGAGACUACGCGACAACUCUGUACUGAAAUCGGCAAACACUUGUUGUUCCAUCUCUUAGGCUUUAUCACAGUUCCCCCGCCCAAAAGAAGUCUUCAUCAGAGUUGAGAAUUUUUGAGGUCUACCAGCUGAAAACAAUCUGUGAGCAUACACUAUGUGAUGUUGCUCUCUGGUCUAAAAUGUAAACUCAGUACUGCCUCUCUGUUCCCAGCAAACUUGGGCAUCAAUGUUAUUUCGCUUCAGAUCUGA